GAAAGAAAGAGACAGCCAGGCGUGAAGCUGUAGAUGAACAUCUGGUUCAAAUCAAUUAUGGUAAAUUAGCAAAGCUUAGGAAUCUCAGAUAUAGUGUAACUGUAUUUGAGCAAAAUUUUUUAAAUAGAGAAAAAGAGGUCGAUUCGGAAGUCUCUUUACGUAUUAGUAAUACAAUUCACGAUUAUAUGCCCAGUACGGUGAUAUUAAUCACCGGAGAUGGUGACUACGGUCCGAUAUUUAGACGAGUUCUUGACAAAAAUUGGACAAUUGAGAUCUGGUUUUGGACCGAUG